GGCAAGCGCUGGUGGCUCUGAGGGAUCAGAUGACGUUUGUGAACCCGAGCCGCAGCCCCCAGGCGUUCUGGAAGAGCGCGGACAACUGCGAGGCGCUCUAUGGCGUGGUGUGUGACAUCAACGGAUAUGUUACCGUGCUCACCCUAGUGGGAGUGGUGGGGCCGCUCCCAGCCGCCAUUGGCAACCUUCCUUCACUCGCCUUCCUAUCCAUCGCCAGCAAUUUGACGAGCCUUCCCUCCACCCUUGUGCAACUCAGCUCCACACUAACUGCUCUCCACUUGGGCUUUAACAGCCUUACAGGAACCUUCCCUUCCACUGUCACUCGCCUGCUGCAGCUGCGCACACUCAACCUAGCUAACAACCAGCUCACAGGGAAAAUCCCCACUGGCCUUGCCAAACUCUCUCACCUUGCCUUCCUCCGCUUGGACGGCAAUCGGUUUACCGGCCCCAUCCCCUCGCAGCUCUACUCUCUCACCAACAUGUCUUACCUGUCUUUGCGUUCCAACCGCCUAUCAGGCAGCAUAGCACCGCAAGUGUCUAAUUAUAAAGCCCUGCAGCUGCUGGAUUUGAGAGACAACAUGCUGACGUCAUCCAUCCCGUCCACCCUGCCAUCAUGUGUCAAGCUCUUCUGGCUCUAUCUGAGCAACAAUCGUCUCACAGGUUCAAUCCCCGCAGCCAUCAGCAAACUAUCAAGGCUUAGAUUCCUCCUCAUUGAUUCCAACCGCCUCUCUUCCACCCUGCCUGCCUCCCUCUCUGCUCUCUCCCUCCUCUCCCACCUCGAUGCCAGCAACAACACUCUCACCGGCCCCAUCCAUCCCGGCCUUGGCGAACUAACCUAUCUCGCCUAUCUCCAAUUGGAUCGGAACAAGCUUGUUGGAGAAAUUCCACCCACCCUGGUCAACCUCCCGUACCUCUAUCACCUAGACCUCUCACACAACCAGCUGGUAGGAUCAGUCCCGGACAUCUUCCCGCCCGGCAACGAGUUGAAUACUGUAGACUUGUCUCAGAACAAGCUCACCGGUGUGCUACCUGCCACAGUAGCUACAUGCGCAUCCCUUAUGUCACUGGACGUCAGCAACAACGCCCUCAGUGGGAGGCCCGCAGAGCUGAUCAGCAAUCUCCAGUCCCUCGCAUACCUCAAUCUCUCGCGCAACUAUUUCACCGGGCCUCUUCCCAAAGUUUACUCAGCCACAGCCAUCGCCCUCCUAGACCUCUCCCGCAACUACUUCUUUGGUCCGGCAAGCAUCGUAGACACCCAGGGCACACCGCUGCUCUCCCAAACCUCCGCCCCAGGCUCGGGAACCAUCCAGAGCACCGGAGCUGCAGGCUUGGCACUGAGCGUGGGAAGGAACUGCCUAGUGUAUAAUCUGACAGGGACCGGAGCAACAGCAGCAUCAGGCUCGGCGCUAGGUUUGGAAGGGCAGAGGAGCGUGGACGACUGUAGCUUGUUCUGCCGAACGGGGCUGAGUGGUUCGGCGACCGAAGCUGAGAACAUGCAGUGUGGAGGCUCGGGGGUGUGCCUUGCUAAGGUGGUAACCAGCAAGUCGCCUCCAGCUGUUUCAUUCACAUGUGCGCCCUCCCCUGGAUUGCCCAGGAAACCCCCUCCGCCCCCCCCAUCCCCUCCCCCUUUCCCACCACCGCAACCACCACCUUCCCCUCCCCUUUCCCCACCUCCCUUUCCUCCCUCUCCCCCUCCUCCUUCCCCACCGUUUUCCUCCCCGGCCCCCCCGCCCCCUCCUCCUCCCCCUGACUCCCUUCCACCCCCUCCUUCCCCCCCUGACUCCCCCUCACCCCCUCCUUCCCCCCCUGAUUCCCCCUCACCCCCGCCUUCCCCCCCUGAUUCCCCCUCACCCCCUCCUUCCCCCCCUGACUCCUCCCCUCCCCCACCUUCACCCCCCGACUCUCCCCCUUCUCCUCCAUCUCCCCCUUCCCCCCCUGACUCCCCCUCACCCCCGCCUUCCCCCCCUGACUCCCCUUCACCCCCACCUUCCCCCCCCGACUCCUCCCCUCCCCCACCUUCUCCCCCCGACUCCUCCCCUCCCCCACCUUCUCCCCCCGACUCCUCCCCUCCCCCACCUUCUCCCCCCGACUCCUCCCCUCCCCCACCUUCUCCCCCCGACUCCCCCCCAUCCCCGCCUUCCCCACCCGACUCCCCCCCUCCCCCUGCCCCUCCGAUUUCACCUCCCUCCCCACCCUCCCCUCCUCUUUCUCCCCCUCCCCCCUCACCUCCUCCCUUUCCACCUCCCCCUCCAACCUCUCCACCUCCUCCUUCUCCUCCCCCCCCCUCUCCAUCCCCUCCCUCUCCUCCUCCCUUUCCUCCUCCCUCUCCUCCUCCCUCUCCUCCUCCCCCCUCUCCAUCCCCUCCCUCUCCUCCCCCCCCCCUCGCCAUCCCCUCCCUCUCCCCCUCCCUUCCCUCCUCCCUCUCCCCCUCCCUUCCCUCCUCCAUCUCCUCCUCCCUCCCCUCCUGCCUCUCCUCCACCCCCCUCUCCCCCGAGCCCUCCCCCUUCCCCUCCCCCGCCCCCCGCUCCUUCUCCCCCACCCCUUGGAUGCUUUUGGAAUGGCCAAAAGUUUGUUUGCAACGGGAAGGUGUAGCAGGGACUGGGAAAGUUGUAGCAGGGAUUGAUUGGGUGGGGCAGGUGGGACUAUCUGGGCAGCUGUAG